CUUUCCAUCCUCCACGCAGAAUAGAGGACCAGCUCCCCACGCACCGUAGUGAUCCACGGUGCGUGUGUGCAGCAGCAGCAGCAGCAGCAGCAGAGCGGAAGGCAUCUCCUCCAAGCGAUGACAAAAUCCAUAACAAAUAAAUAAAUUUAGCACUGGUCUUGGUGAGUGGCAACAUGCGCAGUGACUAAUAGGUCUGGUGUUGGAUCCUGGCAGUGCACAGAAAUCUAGUCCGCAUCAUUCCCUGACAGCACUACGAGAGAGAGAGGGAGAGGAGAGACAGAGGCACGGCUGGAUUCUUCUCAGACUGCAACCGUGCAGCAUGACCGACACAGUGAUGAGCGGCGGCUCGGGUCGCUGGGUGUCCAACGACAGGCAGAGGAGCGUGCGUCCGAGUGAGAAAGAGCAGGGCAAUUGGACAAUGCAGUCCGGCUCUGGUCCUGGUCCAGACCUAACAGAUGAAGAGAAGGAGAUUAUAAACAACGUGAUUGCCCGUGCUGAGAAAAUGGAGGCCAUGGAGCAGGAGAGAAUUGGGCGCCUGAUAAACCGCCUGGACGACAUGAAGAAGACCGUGUGUGGGGAUGGGGUCUCUCGCUGUUUGCUGUGUGGGGAGCAGCUGGGCUCACCUGGGGUCAGCUCCGUGGUGUGUGAGGACUGCAAAAAGAACAUGUGCACAAAGUGUGGAACGCAGUGUGGCAGUCGGCAUCGCCCUGUGUGGCUGUGCAAAAUCUGCAGAGAACAGCGAGAGGUAUGGAAGAGGUCUGGUGCCUGGUUCUUCAAAGGUUUUCCCAAGCAGUUCCUCCCGUCUCCCAUGCCGUUGUCUAAAUCGAAGGAGACGGGUCCCCAGGAGGCGGCGGAGCCUCAGAAGCCAACGGCCUCGGAGCCCAGGGAGGCAGCAGCUCGACAGAAACCUCUGGGUCCCAAUCAGGGUCAAGCGUCUGAGGAGCAAGUUUCAGGUGCACAGACACAGGGCCGUGGUGGUUACCCACCCGUGGCCCCUAAACCAGCUAACCGUAUGGCCGCAGGAGGGGCUGGCCCUGAAGCGGCAGCUCAGGGCAGUCCAGUGGGGAUGAAGAAGAUGGUGCCUGUGCACAGCUCCAGGGCACAACCUGCAGCUUCAGCCGCCAUGUCCCAGCAGGGUCCUGUGGCAGGAGAUGCCGGGGCUUAUGCUUCAGAGCAGAGAGCUCCUCCCGCUGUAAGAGAGGACAGGAGGCAGGCCGCUGCCUACAGCGCUCCCCCGCCCCGACAGCAGCCUCCCCCAGCUGAUGAGGAGGAGGACGCCAAUGACUAUGACUCCGAUGAAGCCACAACUCUGGGCUCUCUUGAGUUUGGCCUCCUCUAUGAUCAGGGAAGCAACAGCCUCCACUGUAGCAUCCUCAAAGCAAAGGGACUUAAGCCCAUGGACUCUAAUGGGCUUGCAGAUCCGUAUGUGAAGCUUCAUCUGCUGCCCGGAGCCAGUAAGUCGAACAAGCUGCGUACAAAGACCCUGAGAAACACCCGCAACCCCGUGUGGAACGAAACGCUCACCUAUCACGGCCUGACAGACGAGGACAUGCAACGUAAAACCCUCAGGCUCUCCGUCUGCGAUGAGGACAAGUUUGGGCACAAUGAGUUUAUUGGCGAAACCCGGGUAGCGCUGAAGAAGCUGAAGAUGAAUCAGAAGAAGACCUUCAACGUCUGCCUGGAGAGGGUUGUGCCUACGAAGAGAACUGCGACGGCCGGAGGAGCUAGAGGCAUCGCGCUCUAUGAAGAUGAGCCGGGGAAGGAGGGCGCGGAGACCGAGGAGCGCGGCCGCAUCCUGAUGUCCCUCAUGUACAGCACCCAGCUGAAUCGCCUCAUCGUGGGAGUGGUGCGCUGCGUUCACUUGGCCGCCAUGGACGCUAAUGGCUACUCUGACCCGUAUGUCAAAAUAUGCCUGAAACCUGACAUGGGGAAGAAGGGCAAGUGCAAAACACAAAUCAAGAAGAGGACUUUAAACCCAGAGUUUAAUGAGGAAUUUAGCUUCGACAUCAAGCACAGUGAGCUGGCCAAGAAGACGUUAGACAUCUCUGUGUGGGAUUAUGACAUCGGGAAGUCCAACGAUUACAUAGGAGGCUGUCAGCUGGGCAUCACCGCCAAAGGGGAGAGGCUGAAGCACUGGUAUGAGUGCCUGAAGAACAAGGACAAGAGGAUCGAGCACUGGCACACCUUAGUGAACGAGAAUCACGUCGCCAGCGAUUAACCGUGCAGCAUGAGCUCACACCUAAUCAGAUUGCAUUCAUGUCUUGUUGCACUUUUACAAAUGAAGAUUUUUUGUUUGUUUGUUUGUUUCCCCCUUUGAUUUUAUCAUACCUGAACACGCAGGCACUGUUACUUCCUUGCUCCGAAUUUAGCACACGAUUCCCUUAUUUUCAUAGUAGCCGUUUCUCUACCGAUACCGGAUUUGCCUCUGACACAAACCGCAUUAUGUCAAUGAAUUUGAAACGUAAGUAACACAAGGCAAACAAACUGUCAUCAAAAAAAAAAAAAAGCUGAGUCAAAAGGCCUUCAGAUCUGUCAGAAACGCUUUGUAGCGACACAUUCAUCACAGAAGGGUGUGAAGCUUGAAUUGCACCGGGACAGGUCAGCAAAAGCAAUAUGUUAUGGCAUCAGAACCAACAUCCAAGAUCACGAACUGAGAUUCAUUACAUAAAUGCCGUGUGAAACAUAUAGAGCUCUAUAAGCAUGCCAGGCCACAGCAGCACCUUAAAAGAAAUCAGCUGUAUGAACAUUAUGUAUAUUUCCACAAAGAAAUGUUUACAUAUGACACAUUGCUCAGGUUAGGAUAGACAUCUGAUUCAGAUGAUUCAUAUGUGAGUGAGCCAUGAGCUAAAAAAACAA